AUGGUGUGGGACGAAAGAUCCACUGAUAGGAUGAUGGGUGCAAUGUCUAUUCGCAGGAGCAUAUCACCUUUACAUGCAGAAUGUGAAGCUUUGAUAUGGGCGAUGGAGUGCAUGAAGACCCUACAUAUUUCAGAGGUGGUGUUUGCGACAGACUGCUCACAGUUGGUGAAGAUGGUGUCUACUCCAACAGAAUGGCCGGCGUUCACUACUCACAUGGAGGAGUUUCUACGAUGUAAGGAAUAUUUUCCCACUUUCACAAUUCAGCAUAUUCCAAGGGCGCAAAAUACAAUGGCGGAUAAGCUAGCACGAGGUGCUAGGACUCAGCCUUCAGCUAUGGUUUAUGUUGACUCUGUUCCUCCGAGAUGGUUCUCGGCUCAGGAAUUUACUUAG